UGGGAUCUGCAUAUAAAGGACAAGUUCCCUGGACCGGCCAUCACUUCUACGGCACCAUGAUCCCAGCAGUGGACUGAGCACCACCCGGGUCUUCGAUGCUCCAUUCAUGCCACCUUCCAGCUUUGCUGCGUGACUGCUUAAGCCACUCGUGGGAUGCUGUGAGCUCUGCUUUUGCAAGAGCCACUUUCUCUCCCUGCACCGGCCUCGCUCGGUCUGUAUCCGGCAGGAGGCACGCCAGCCGCUUGGAUGAUCUGAUUCCUUUCCUGCCCUAAAUUACUCCUGCCCAGAUGCAGUGGAUACUUUUCAUGUUGCUGUUAUUCAUCAACUCCAUGGAAAUGCGCAUGCAGAACAGAAGGAAGAAACAAGCGAGCGCUGGCUUAUUUGAGAACUGCACGGGCUGCGUCAUGUGCUCGGAGGAUAACGGGUGCAUUGCCUGCCAGCAGCGUCUCUUCCUGCUGAUCUGGAGGGAUGGAAUCCGCCAGUAUGGGGCAUGCGUCCAUGCCUGCCCACCUGGCUACUUUGGGCUGCGAGGCCAAGAGGUCAACAGAUGCACAAAGUGCAGGUCGCCGAGCUGCGAGAGCUGCUUCAGCAAAGAUUUCUGCAUGAAAUGCAAAGAGAAAUUUUAUUUGCACAAAGGGAAGUGUUUCAGCACGUGCCCGCCGAACACCACGGCCCAGGCCAGCACCAGGGAGUGCCAGGAGAUGUGUGAGAUGGGACCCUGGAGCGAAUGGAGCCUCUGCAGCAAUGAGGGGAGAACAUGCGGCUGCAAGUGGGGAUCGAAGAUCAGGACACGCGAAGUCAUCAGGAGCACCAGAGAGGAGGUGGUGCCCUGCCCGGCCCUGCUGGAAUCCAGGAAGUGUAGAAUGAGGAAGCAUUGCCCUGGAGAGAAACCCGAGACCAUCAAGAAAAUGAAAAGGGAAAAGAAACAAAAGAAGCAGAAGGUAGAUUCCCUGGCAUGCACCUAACCAGCAUCCUCCCAGGUGGGACUCCGGGAGGCAGCACUGGGGGCGGCCCCAUGGGAGCACCGUGGGGCACAAAGGAGAUCUUCACCCUGAGGUCUCAGCAACAUUUUCUUCUCUGUGUUCGUUUUUCCACCUUUUCCAGCCAGAGAAUAUUGCACAAUUCCCUCCACCACACACACACACACCCCUACGUGCUUCUUUUGAGGCCGUUUACGGCCUGUGGAACAUUUCCUCUUGCAGCCCGCUGGAGAAAGCAAAGCUCUGUUUUCUCCCCUACCCUGAUGCACUCUCACAGUUCAGCUCCUUCUCUGGUGAAACCAGAGCCAGCUGCCUUAGGGAGCCAGUGACAGCGAGCGAGAAAAUGCCGCUGGCUGGGCCGUGGUGGGUUUGCACCCCUGCUCAGCUACCUGCCCAGCAGGAAGAGUUACGGAACGGCGCCGAGCUGGGCCUGCACCACCACGG